CAAGAACCUGUGCCGAGGUCCACCGUUCUGCGCCGUCGCAGGCUGCACGCGCACCAUAUCGGCCAUGUCGAUGGCGCAGAGGAAGCACGCGGCGGCCAUCCGCCGCAUCUGCCGAGACAUGGCGGAGCUCGUGGAGGAGCCCCUCGGGGUCGUCUCUGGGUGGCCCCUCGACGAGGAGCGCCCCUUCGAGUGGCACGUCAAUCUCCGUCCCGCCGACAGGCCGCUGGCCGGUUGCGUCUUCCACCUCGUGAUGCGGCUGCCGGACGACUACCCUUCGAGCCCGCCGCACGUCUCGUUCCCGCGCCGCGCGAUCCCCUCGUUCGUGCACCCCAACCUCUUCGGGGACUUCAUCUGCCUCGACAUCCUGUCGACCUUCAUCGGCGCCCGGGACGGCGGGUCUGGCUGGAGCAGCGCGUACUCCGUGCAGACCGUGCUGCUGCAGCUCGCGUCAUUCCUCUUCGAGGCGGAGCACGUGCCGCAGGACCACGGGGGCACGUACGCCUCCGCCCUGACCCCCGAGCUCGCCGCCCGCGUCCGCGCCGAGUGCGCGGUCUUCGAGUGCCGCCACGCCGGGUGCCGGCACCGCGGCAGCGGCGAGCCCUGGCCGGCCCUGGCCCCGCUCGUCCAGGACGGCGUGGAGGCGCCGCGCGCGGCCCUGCCGCGGCCCGCCAGCUGCGCGAGCGUGGCCACCACCCGGGCGAGCCGCGAGGGGCCCCCCGCCUCGGAGAGCAGCGGCAGCGCCUCGGCGCCGCCGCAGCCCGGGCCCGCCGCAGAGCUCGGCGGCGCGGCGCGGAGCGGGGCGCCACGGCCCGGCUCGGAGAUCGUGGGCUGGGCGGCCCGCGUGCUGCGCGAGGGCGUCGAGGUGGAGAUGGGCGGUGGCCUGCGGGGCUGGCUGCCGCGGGCCCAGCUGCGCGGCGCGGCCGUGGCCGAGGGGAAGGAGCUGCGAGCCCACGUGUCGGCGCACGGCUGGCAGCAGGGCUGGCUCUGGCUCGAGCUGGUGCCGCGGCGCUCGCUGCCGCAGCUGCGGCGCGCGGCGGCCGCCGCGGAGCCGAUCGGCGGGCGCGUGACGUCCGUGCAGCCGUACGGGGUGUUCGUGGACGUGGGCGGGCCGCACGCUGGCCUGGUGCACCACUCGGAGACCGACCUGGAGGCGGGCGCGGACCUGGGCGCCGCCUUUGCCGUCGGCCAGCGGGUGGCGGUGCGCGUCCUGGAGCCCCGCGGCGCGCGGGGGCUGCGCCUCUCGGCCCGCGGCGGGCCCUUCCUGCGGGCCCCGCGCCCCGCGCCCGCGGUGCCCCGCGGCGGCCCCCGGCUGGCCGGGCUCGCGUUGCCGUUGCCGGCCCUCGACGCGGUGCUGCGGCUGCUGCCGCGGGGCGCCCUGCACGCCCUGCGCGCGGCCUCGAAGGCCCUCCUGGCGCCCUGCCAGGAGGCCGUGUGCCUCUUCUGGGAGCUGAGGGGCCUCCGCUGCUUCCACACCAGGGCGCCGUUCGACGAGGGGGGCACGGUGCUCGGCCUGGGCGUCGCCAUGGUGGAGGAGGAGGGUAGCGGCAAGCGCCACCUCACUUGCGACUUCGACCCCCUGUCCCAGGAAGCCUUCCGCGACCUCGGCGUCUCCCACAGCGCCUGGAAGCAGCAGCUGUGCCAUUGGAUACCCAUGGCAAUCUGCCAGGCCCACUUCCAGCGCGGGCUGCCCCAGCUGCUCAAGGCCAUGUCCUUCCUGGGCACUGGAGCGGUGGCCGAAGCCACCAGGUCGUCCGGCAUCGGCUCCGCCGGCAGGCAGUCCGCUGGCGCAGUGGCGGCCGAAGCGGGCUUCAAGACCUUCGACGAGUGGAGGGCGGAGAGGGACGCACUGCUGGCGCGGCAGCGUGCCCAGCGGGAGGUCAGGGCCACCCAGCGUGCGGCGGACCGGGCAGCGGCCGUGCAGGCCGGGCUGACGCUGGAGGAGUGGCGGGCGCAGCAGCAGCAGGAGCAGUUGCGGCAGCGCAGUGCGCGGGAGGCCGAGGAGGCUCGCCGCAUCGGGCGCUGCCGCGCACUGCCGCUGGACCUGGCGGCGGUCCUGGACGUGCUGCCGAAGCUGAUGAACUCGCAGGUGGUGCUGCUGAUGAGGGGCGACGUGCACGCCUCGCAGAAGGCGCUGGCCGGCUACAUGGCCUUCCACCACUUGCUACUGCUGUUGAAGAGCCGCUGCCAGCCCCUGUCCGAGGCCAUCGAGGAGCGCGUGGGGGACUUCGUGGGCAGCGAGGACGGCAGGCGGAAGGACGUGGUGCCGAACAUGGGCGAGUUCCUCUGCCUCGUCUCCGUCUCCGACAGGUACGGCUGGGACCAGGUCGGCGUCCCUGUGCUGGAGGAGUGCUUCGACCGCAACGUGUUGUGGCUGCUCAGGGCGCACCCCCACCUGGCCGAGCCCUCGCGGGCCAGCCUGGAUGAGAGGCUGGCGAAGAGUCUGCAGACUAGCGAGGUCUCCCGCAGGCUGCUCAUGUUCCACGUGUGGUUCCUGCGCAACGUGGCCGACGGAAGCGGCCAGGAGAUGCUGGACCGCUACGAGCGCACCAAGGGCCUGCCGACGCAGUCCGCCGUGGGCGCGCUGCAGCGGGCGUGCCGCAGACUGCUGGCCCCGGGCUCGACGUGGGAGCAGUUCCUCGAGGCCGUGGAGGUGCAGCCCAUGGGGCCCGAGGCCUUGGGCGCGUGGCUGGCCCGCAGCGCCCGCCGCUCGGCGCGCAAGGGGUACCAUGGCUCCAGGCGGCGCUGAUGACGGAGGAGCCGGUGGGGGUGAGCCUAUCUUCGAAUGCUGCCAGUCAGCCCUGGCGCGGGGGCGGAGGCCGUCGUGGCCUGUCUUUUGUACAGUGUACAGUUCUGGCCUCCCUCGCGGCCCACUCCGGCCUCCAGAGUCGCAGGGGGGAGGCGCGCCACGCAGGCGCGCGCGGUCUUCAGUGCUUGUCUUACCGCACUUCAGAGCCGAGCAUCGCUGACAAUGCGGCGCGUGACUGCGCACAGUUAUACCAUAGUUGUUCCAUCGCGCUCGAGCCGAGCGUGCACAGUGUACAGUUUGGAGUUUGGCCAGAGUUUCGGCUUGGCCAGAGUUGCACCCAGGGGCCCACGGGCAGCUUCCCGAUGCAGAGCCGCCCGGCGGCGGUCCUCCUCCUCCUCCCCUCCUCCUCUCUCCUCCUCCUCCUCCUCCUCCUCCUCCUCCUCCUCCUCCUCCUCCCUCCCCCUCCUCUCCUCCUCCUCCUCCUCCUCCUCCUCCCGACGAUGCAGAGCCGCCGCCCGCCGGCUCUCGGGGGGGGGGGGGGCGCCGCCGCGCCUCCUCUCGCGAGGAAAAAAAGUAGCG